AUGGCCUGGGUCGACCUGCACAGCGCGGCCGCCCGCGGCGACCUGGACCAGCUGCGGCGGCACUGGUGGCUGAAUAAGAUCCACAUCAACAGCCGCAACGCAGACAAGCUUAGCUGUGUGGGGCUUAAUUGUCAGCUGGGCUUAAACCAGGACAACUGUGUAUGUUUAAUUUCUAGGACACCUCUGCAUCUUGCUUGCAUAAAUGGCCAUGCAGAUGUUGUUCGGUUUCUAGUAGACGAGAAUUGCAAGCUAAAUCCUGGUGACAAAUAUAAGAGAUCACCACUGAUGCUGGCAGUACAGCAUCAGCACAGAGAUUGUGUGGCUGUUCUGCUGGAGCAUGGUGCCAACCAUGACCACAGAGCUGCUACUGGUAACACCGCCCUUCACUUUGCUGUCCUGGUGUCUAGCAAAUCUCUAGUGGAGCUGUUACUAGAGCAUGGCGCAGAUAUUGAUGUUAAGAAUGAACUGGGAUACACUCCACUUACUCUUGCCAUCACCGAGCGUUGCAAAGGAAUGAUCGAGUUCCUUCUUCAAAAAGGAGCUGACGUGAAUGCUACAGAUAAUCAUAAAAGGACCCCUAUGGAAGUUGCUGCUAUUCUUCAGGAUAAGGAUGCAGUAGAAGUUCUUCUUCGCAAUGGCGGUGUUAUCAAUAAAGAAGAGACUGGAGCGUUUGGAGUUCGAGCUUUUGAAAGACUAUUUCGAGAUGAGCUUGUUGCUAAUGAAGGAGAGGAAUAUGAAUGCUCUGAAAGGAAGGGACAAUGUUCUGCCAGAGGCACAGAAGAAAUUAACAUCUCUUUCUCUGGGACAACUGCUGACACUGUCUCAAAUACAUCUGCAUUGCUAGAAUUUUGUAAGACUCUUCGCUAUCAUGGAGGUAAGAAGGAAAAAUCAAUGUGGCCUGUAGGAGAAUGAUAACCCAUCAGUGUGAUGCAUGUCUUGAGGGAGGUGCCAAAGCAGAGGAAAAUCAGCACUCCAAGGAGUGAUGAGACUCUUCUCAUAUUUGUUAGGUGUCUUGCCAGGAGAGACAGAAGAGCAGAAGAAAGACAAAGACUCCUCCUGGGAUUCUGAGGAGGCAGUGGGGUCCCUCUGAAUCACUGGCUUCUGGGAUCAUUACUGUCUGCAGCUGCUUUUGCCACAUGCUUGCACCUUGGACCUGGACAUGCCAGUGCUGCAGACAAACUGUUCCUGUAGGACUGGGACAAAGUGAGGUUCAGCUGGUUCUCCUUGCAGCUGACCUCCAAGCUGGAUUUCUAAAAAAGACAAAGCAGUAAAGUUUCUUGUCGCUGGGUAUCUGUCAAAAGGCCUUGGUCCUGUGGGGGAAGAAAGACGCCACACACACACACACUAGGAUGAAGA